CUCGGGAUUAAUGCACUUGUUAUGGAGUCGGGCAGAAUGCGUUGCUUGGCCAAGGCAUGACCGUGUCCAACUGGUUGGCGGAAUGACGUCGAUGCACAACACCUAGUGUGUAAGUGUGUUGCCAGGGAUGGGGCAGAUCUUAUCUGGCUGGUGUCGAAACACAUCCAACAAACAAGCCUUAAGUGGGUGAUUUGCAAAUCAAUCGGCUCAAGACAGUCCACAAACUUCGUUGUGCGUGCCUCGCCCCAAAAAGUCGCAUGGACACUGAGAUGCCUGAGCAUAUUGAAGCCUUUGCGCCCACAAAGGGUCCCACUUACAACUUUGCUUUCAUUUUUCCAAUGGCUUCAGGGCACAUCAACCCCUCCCUUGCGAUUGCCCGACGUUUGGUGCGUCAAGGGCAUGCCGUGCACUACUUGUCGCGCGAACAGAUGCGAGAAGCCAUCGAAGAUACCGGUGCCCGCUUUCACAGUGACAUCGCAGAACAGCCUGAGCUUUUCGAAGACCGAGAUCCAUCCAUGUACGGUGCCUUAGGAUCUCUUCAAGAAGAACAUGGGCUGACUGGUAGUUUGUCCAAGGCACGAUUGGUGUUGAGGGAACUGGCCGUUGAGCUCAUGCUUCCUGGCACCUUGCGAUGGCUUCACACCAUCGAGGCCCAUGCGGUGCUCUUUUGCCCCCUGAUCAACUUGGAGGCCCCGUUGGCUGCCAAGGUGGCGAAGCUGCCCUCAGCUGGGCUGUGUACCGUGGCCGGGCCGGGCAGUGUCCAACUUGCUUGGAGCAACACCUUGAGCUCUUUGAGCACCACUGCAGAAGAGCUCCUGGAAGAAAGGUCCAAGCUUCCCGCACUAGUGGAGUGCCUAAAUCGCUUGAGGGCAAACUAUGGCCUGCAAGUCGAGGUUGAGGAUCACUUGAGGCCUCUAGGCCUUUUGCGAACUGCCUUGACUUCCGACGUCACUUUGGUGACCACUGCUGAGUGCUUGGCCGAUCCAGUGCCACUGGAUUUGACGAAGGCCUAUGAGGGGCACCCUUUCAUGUAUUUGGGCCCCUUGCUCGACGAGCCAGGUGCCAAACGUGCUGGGGGCCACAAGUUUGACAGCCAGCGUGAUCACAUGGAUGAUGAGAAGCCUCUGGCUUUGGCGCGUGCGGCCAAGGCAGAGGGACGGAAAGUGGUGCUGGUCAGCCUUGGAACUAUCAUCACUGGAGAUCAUUCUGAUUAUGGCUGGAAAGCCCAUGAGACCGUCAAUGGAGAGAAGCGUGGACUUACAGGAAAAGAGCUUUGUCAGGCUGCCUGGCAAGCAGUUUUUGAUGUUUUUGGAGAAGCUGAUGGCGCUGAUGCCCAGACACCCCUGAUCUUGCUGGCUUUGGGGCCACAAGCUGAUGCACUGGAGAAUCUGCAGGUGCCACCCAAUGCCUACUGCCAACCGAUCCUUCCUCAGGUGGAUUUAUUGAGGCUCGGCUUGGAUGUCUUCCUGACACAUGGGGGACAGAACAGCUUCAUGGAAGCCUUAUCCACAGGAAUUCCCAUGGUGCUUUGCCCUGGCUUUGGGGACCAGCCCGUGAACGGCGCCAAAGCAGAAUCCAUGAAACUGGGUGUGUGCGUGCCACGCCCUAAGGGUCCAUUGCACGAGGCUGAGACGGAAAGGGCAGCAUACAGAAAGGCAACAGCACUUGCAUUGCAGAGAGUCACCAGCAAUGGGUCCUUCAAAGAGAAUGCCGUGAGGUGUGCAGAAGCUUUGCGUUCUUCUGGCGGAGUCAGUCUGGCGACAAAAGUUCUGCUAAGCCUGGCACAAGGAAGUUCGAAGAGCGGUGACCUUGCGCAGAUUCAAAGGAACGGAGGAGCUUAAGGCCAACAGAAACACGGGUGAGAGCAUGUAAGAGCAAGAGCAGACUUUGGUCAGGCUGGCAUUCUUACAUAAUUAAUUUGGAUGAAACAUGCUUAGCUUGUACAGGCUACUGAUGCCUUUGGGCUCCCGCACAUUGCAAGUUGUAUAGAAUCUGCUGAGUGCAGGCUCAGGGCCUCUUCUGCUGUAUAAAUAUUCGAGAACUUCCGACCAAAUGCGGUGGUAGGAGUUUAGCCGCUUAGCCUCGGUUUGGCGUGUUCAACUUCCCACACGAAGCUACCCAAGGACCAGCGGGUCCAUCGUAUGGAUACGUAAAGGUACAGCAACUUUCCGAAGAAAACGC